AUGGGCAUUGGCGUGGCGAUUUACCUGGCAUGCUGCGUCUUCACCUCCAUCGCGGUAUAUGCAGGAAUGGGAACAACAGAUGCUCAUUUGCAAGAAUGGAAUAUGGUAGCCGGUAUCAAAUGGCUUGUCUUUUUCCAGAUUACUUACGCAUGGAGCCUUCCAUUCAUCAAAGCCAGUAUCUGCUUAACUGUAUUCCGCAUCACGAAUCGAAGAAGAUACCGAACCAUCCUUUGGGCCGUCAUGAUUGCAUCAGGACUCAGCACCACCGUCGGCUUCAUUGCCGUGGUUGCAGUAUGCCGCCCAAUGGAGUACACUUGGGAUAAGUCAGUGGACGGACAGUGCGCACCUCAGAAUAUUAUUACCACGAUUAGCUACAUGAUCUCGGUCCUAGCAAUUGUAACCGACUGGACCUGCGCAAUCGUCCCGACAGUUGUUGUGUGGGGCUUACAGAUGAAGUCGAGAGUAAAAGUUUCUGUUUGCGCUGUGCUUGCGCUAGGUGCGAUUGCAAGCGCCGCUACGAUAGUCCGACUGCCGUACUUGCAAUACUAUAACCAAGUCGAGAAUUACUUGCAUAACAUUGCAAAUAUUGUUUUGUGGUCGAUUCUCGAAUGUGGCAUCGGUAUCAUUGCCGGCUCGCUGCCGUCUUUGAGGCGACUGCUCAAGUUCUGGCUAGAUAAGUCCAGCAAGGGGUCUUACAACAACACAGGGUCGAAUGGUCUGAAUGCUAUAUCUGGAAUGCAGGCUGGAAGCAACGGUGUCAGAAUGAAUAACCUCAGCGGGCGAGGCUUGACAGUUUCGAACUGCCAAAGUGGCCCUCACGACACCUGGGUUCAGCUGGAUGAUGAUUCCGAUAGCCAGAAGCACAUCAUCAUGAGAACUCAAGAAGUUACGGUCCAAUACGAACCAGAUGGUCAAUCUCGUGGACGCUGA